AUUACACUUUCAAUGCAUUACCUUUGACGUUUAACUUGCGCGGACGACGUUAAUCUCUCCUAUGAUCAUUCUGCUUCUUACAGAACAGAGGAGCAACUAUCGUGACACGAAGACCGAGAUGGAGCAGUUCAAAGGCCAUUCGCGGCUUCCGAAAUUCGCCGUGCCAAAGCGAUACUCCAUACGGCUGAAACCCGACCUCAUCGCUUGCAAAUUCGCCGGCUCCGUCGCCAUCGACCUCGAUAUCGUCUCCGAUACUCGAUUCAUCGCCCUCAACGCUGCCGAGCUCGCCGUCGAUGCCGCUUCCGUCUCUUUCACUCACUCUUCCAAGGUCUUUAAGCCUUCAAAAGUUGAGAUAUUCAACGAAGACGGGGUUUUGGUUUUGGAGUUUGGAGAGACACUUCCGAUUGGUUUGGGAGUUUUGGCUAUUGGGUUUGAAGGUAUUUUGAAUGACAAGAUUAAGGGAUUUUUUAGAAGUACAUAUGAGCAUAACAGUGAGAAGAAAAAUAUGGCAGCUACGCAGUUUGAACCAGUUGAUGCCAGGCGGUGCUUUCCAUGUUGGGAUGAACCUGCUUGGAAGGCUACAUUCAAGAUUAUAUUGGAUGAUGUUCCGUCCGAAUUAGUAGCUCUUUCCAACAUGCCGGUUUUAGAAGAAAAAGUGGAUGGACAUAUGAAGACAGUUACAUAUCAAGAAUCACCAAUCAUGUCUACAUAUUUGGUGGCCAUAGUUGUUGGGUUGUUUGAUUAUAUUGAAGAUCAUACUUCUGAUGGUAAAAUCAUUGACAAUCUCUUGUUGUGUGUGUAUUUAGUGCAACCGCAACCCUUUCUUGAUGGUGCCACAUUUUAUCUCGUUGUAGGGGUCAUAGUGCGGGUAUAUUGUCAAGUUGGCAAGGCAGACCAAGGGAAGUUUGCUUUGGACCUUGCUGUCAGGACUCUUGAAUUUUACAAAGAUUAUUUUUCUAUGCCGUACUCUUUGCCCAAAUUGGAUAUGGUUGCAAUUCCUGAUUUUCAUGGGGCCAUGGAGAAUUAUGGUUUAGUUACGUACCAAGAAUCAGCUUUGCUCUUUGAUGAACAAAAUUCUGCAGCUGCCAACAAGCAAAUGGUUUCAACUGUUGUGACACAUGAAUUGGCACACCAGUGGUUUGGCAAUCUUGUAACGAUGGAAUGGUGGACACACUUAUGGCUGAACGAGGGAUUUGCAACAUGGGUGAGCUAUUUAGUUACUGAUAGCUUGUUCCCAGAGUGGAAAGUAUGGACUCAGUUUGUUGAUGAAAGUGCUGGGGGUCUUAAGCUGGAUGGGCUUGAAGAAUCUCACCCCAUCGAGGUAGAGAUCAAUCAUGCUGCUGAGGUUGUUGAAAUAUUUGAUUCAAUAAGUUAUAGAAAAGGAGCUUCUAUUAUUCGGAUGCUACAAAGCUAUCUUGGUGCGGAAUACUUCCAGAAGUCACUUGCUUCAUACAUAAGAAAGCAUGCUUCCUCAAAUACAAUCACAGAAGAUUUAUGGGCUGCCCUUGAGGAGAUAUCUGGUGAACCUGUGAACAAGCUAAUGAAUUCAUGGACUCAGCAAAUGGGUUACCCUGUUAUUUCUGUCAAAGUGAAAGAUCAGAAAUUGCAAUUUGACCAGACACAAUUCUACUUGAGUGGUUCCCAAGGUGAUGGGCAAUGGAUUGUGCCGAUAACAUUAUGCUGUGGCUCAUAUGAUGUGCACAAGAGUUUCCUACUACGAAACAAGUCUGAAAGUCUCGACCUAAAAGAAUUUCUGGGCUGCUCCCUAGCAGAGAAUGUAUGUAGAAGUGCAAGCAAUAAAAACAAUGCCUUGUACAGUUGGAUCAAAGUCAACUUGGAUCAGACUGGUUUUUACAGGGUGAUAUAUUCAGAUGAACUUUUAGCUGCACUUAGAAAUGUUAUAGAAAAGAAAGACUUGUCUGCAACUGACAGAUACGGAAUCUUGGAUGAUUCGUUUGCCCUUUCUAUGGCUCGCCAGCAGUCUUUUGCUUCAUUGCUUACGUUGUUGGGUGCUUACAGAGAGGAACUUGACUAUACAGUGCUGUCAAAUUUGAUUGCCAUAUGUUAUAAGCUGGCAAGAAUUGCGGCUGAUGCUGUACCCGAGCUACUGAAUCUCAUAAAACAAUCGUUUAUUAGCCUUUUCCAGUACUCUGCAGAAAAGCUUGGUUGGGAGCCUAAACCUGGUGAGAGCCAUUUAGAUUCAAUGCUAAGAGGAGAAAUUUUAACUGCCCUUGCUGUGUUUGGACAUGACCCAACAAUUAAUGAAGCAAGUAGACGUUUUCGUGAAUUCUUAGAUAACCGAAAUACGCCAAUCCUUCCUCCCGACAUAAGAAAGGCAGUGUAUGUGGCGGUAAUGCAAAGAGUAAGCAUGUCUAACAGAUGGGGCUACGAAUCUCUUCUUAGAGUUUACAGAGAGGCUGAUCUAAGCGAGGAGAAAAACCGCAUUUUAAAAUCAUUAGCAUCUUGUCCAGAUCCGAGCAUAGUACUGGAAGUUCUCAACCUUUUAUUGUCUUCUGAGGUCCGCCUUCAGGAUGCUGCCCGUGGGCUAUCUUCUGUUAGUAGUGAAGGACGGGAAACAGCUUUGACGUGGUUGAAGGAUAACUGGGAGCACAUCUCUAAGACCUGGGGUUCUGGAUUUGUAAUUGCCAGCUUUGUCAGUGCAGUUAUUUCACCGUUGGCUUCAUUUGAAAAGGUUAAGGAAGUAGAUGAGUUCUUUAAGGUUCAUCCCACCCCCUCGAUAACCAGAACCUUGAAGCAGAGCAUGGAGCGUGUGCAGAUUAACGCCAAGUGGGUUCAGAGUAUUCAGGGUGAGACAGAUCUUGCCGAUGUUUUGAACGAGUUGGCAUACAGGAAAGACUAGCUAGCCUUGUAAUCAUGCUGGAAGCAUUCAUGGAAUGCAAUUCUUUGCCUUCUGGUUCGUUGAUAAGUUCAUCUGUAAAAUAUGUAAUGAUUGAAAAUACACACCAAAUGAUUUCCAAAUCGAAACCCAAAACUUUGAAUA